CUUCUGUAUGGGUUCGUUUUUAGAUGACAACUGCAAUUCUAAACAGAAGUAGAAUGUCUGAAUUAUUCGGUUGGGAUUUAAUGUAUAAAGUGUCCGAAAAGGACUUGAAGAAAAAAGAAGAUGUACUCACAUUAUUUAUUCAUUAUCUUCUCAUCAAAACCGGUUACAAAUGUAUAGGAUUGGGUGAAGAUAAAGCUCUGACUGGAAAUGAAGUUACUACUGAAACCUUACCUACUGAGUGGAACAAAUGUGGCACAUAUUCUAUUCGAUACAUGUAUAAUAAUAGUUUAUUUAUCUUAAAAGGUAUUCCGCUUGAAGAGAAUAUCGUCUAUAACUUACUUAAUUCUGGAGAAAUGAAGGUGACCAAUGCUGCAUUUAACGUUCACAAUACAGUGGGAGCAACUUCUGGACCAUUAUCAACUUUGAUCCCUUCUCAUGAAGACGUCAUGAAGAAGCUUCAGCAGGAAUUCAUUUCUCCUAUGGGAAAUGGUAACACAAGGGAAGCGACCACUCAGGCCUGUGGGAUAGGGACUGGGCCGGGCAGGGUACCUCCAGAUCUGCAUAGACCAUACGCCAGACCAACAAAUCCUCUCUACGUUGGGCCAUCUGGACCUGCUGGGCCAACGCCUUUAAGACCUGAUCCUUUUUGGGCAGAUCCUGAGAGAGAUCCUCUUCGCGUCGGUCAGUCCGAUCUUGAUCCGCUCGGUCGUGGAGGAGGUGGUAUGAUUUUCAAUCCUUUUAAUAACCAACCUGGUAGUGGAUUAUUUGACCCAUCUACUGGAUUACCUGGGCCACCAUUACCAAGAGGUUCAGUUCCACCUGGUGCAAGAUUCGAUCCAUUCGGACCACCCACUGGCUUGCCUCGCCCUCGUAGACCACCUGGUUCGGACGACUUCCCACCACCUGGUUUCGGCGACAUGUUCAUGUGACCGCCUAUGUCAUGCUUCCAGAAAUACUGUCUAUUUUUCUUUGUUUUAGUUUUCCUCUACCUGACCUAUGUUUACAUUGUAAUAUCAUUAUAUUAUAUAUUUUCAACCGAUUAUUGAUUUGGAUCGGCGCUGAAUUUGUAUCUGAUGAGAUCUUAUCAAUAUUACUACUAUAUUAGUCGUUUUGUACAUUUUUUUUUUUUUUUAAAUAUAAAUGUUGUUGGUGUACUGUUCUUACUUAUUUCAAUGAUAUUUGACUAAAUAGUAAUAUUAAGACUGUAUGUACAUGUAAUUCUCAAUAAAUAUAUUAUAUAUAUGUGUA